AUGUACGGGAGAAUGUCGGGCAGAACAAUGACACGGCAAGUAGGCCUACUGUUCUUUAUGUCGUUUGUUUCCCUCAGCUCGGUUUUGGGGCAGGUCAGCUACUCCAUUCCCGAGGAAAUGGCGAAAGGAUCUUUGGUCGGUAACAUAGCACAGGAUUUAGGUUUAGAUGUGAAACGGCUGAAGGCAGGAAAAGCUCGUAUAUAUACGGGAGAAACUAGAGAAUACGUCGAGUUAAAUAAAGAAAGGGGAGUCCUUGUUAUCAAGGAGCGGAUUGACAGAGAAGCGCUCUGCGGACAGACGACGCCCUGCGCUCUUGAUUUUCAAAUCAUUUUGGAGAAUCCUAUGCAGUUUUACAGCAUCACUGUCGAAAUCACGGACAUUAACGACAACUCUCCCGCUUUUAAGAACAGUGAAAUGAAAUUUGAAAUUAGUGAAACGGUGCAAAUUGGAUCGAAAUUUGUCCUAGAAAAGGCUGUUGAUGUAGAUGUGGGUAUCAAUGGGCUCCAGGGCUAUUCGCUGAGUUCCAGUGACACAUUCAUUUUAAACCCGUAUAAAAUUGGCAGCAGUAGGAAUGUUGAGAUGGUUUUAAAGAAGCCUCUUGACCGAGAGAAACAGGAACGGCUGUCUUUAGUAUUAACUGCUACAGAUGGUGGCGAGCCGCAGCUUUCUGGAACGAUGCAAAUUGCCAUUUCUGUAUUGGACUCGAACGAUAAUGCACCUGUUUGUACUCAGGCAGAGUAUAAGACUAAUGUAAAGGAAAACUCGUUAAAAGGAACGGUUCUAACUACGGUGAGCGCAUCUGAUGCAGAUGAGGGUCCACACGGGCACAUACAGUAUUCAAUUUCUAAUGUACCAGAGGGUGCACUUGACCUGUUUGAUGUAGAUAAGGAAAACGGUGUGGUUACGUUAGUGGGAAAACUUGACUAUGAGAAAUUUCGACAUUAUGAAAUAGAUGUCCAAGCAUCAGAUGAAGGUGGUAACUCAGACGUAUGUAAAGUUAUAAUUGAGGUGCUGGACACAAACGAUAAUCCACCAGCUAUCAAUAUUAUGUCAGCAUCAUCCAGUAUUUCUGAAGAUGUCAAACCAGGCACAGUUCUGACAAUGAUGAACAUUCAGGAUCCAGAUUCGGAAGAAAAUGGCAAGGUCCACUGCACUUUGGAUGAAAAUAUUCAUUUUACGAUCACGUCAACGUCAAAUAAUUUCUUUACUUUGGUGACAGACAGUGAAUUGGACAGAGAGAGAGCCUCAGUGUACAAUAUAACUGUGACCUGCUCUGAUGAGGGAGUGCCCUCCCUCUCCAGCAGCGUCACUCUCACCUUACAGAUCUCUGACGUCAAUGACAACGCGCCUGUCUUUGAGAGGAGCUCAUAUGAGGCCUACAUUGUAGAAAACAACACACCAGGCCUCUCUAUAUUCACAGUGAAAGCCACAGACGCUGACUGGAACCAGAAUGCCCGUGUUUCUUACAUACUGGAGGAGUCCUCUGUCAACGGAGUGCCAGUCUCCUCCUAUGUGUCCGUUAGUGCUGAUAGUGGAGUCAUCCAUGCAGUGCGCUCUUUUGACUACGAGCAGAUCAAAGAUUUCCACUUCCGCGUCAAAGCGCAGGAUGGAGGCUCUCCUCCACUCAGUAGCAAUGUGACAGUGAAAAUACUGAUCCAGGACCAGAACGACAACCCUCCUCAGGUUCUGUACCCAGUCCAGACUGGUGGAUCUGUGGUGGCUGAGAUGGUGCCUCGUUCAGCAGAUGUGGGCUAUCUGGUGACUAAAGUGGUGGCUGUUGAUGUGGACUCUGGACAGAAUGCCUGGCUGUCCUAUAAACUGCAGAAAGCCACAGACAGGGCGCUGUUUGAAGUGGGCUUACAGAAUGGAGAAAUCAGAACUAUCCGCCAAGUCAGUGAUAAAGAUGCAGUCAAACAGAGACUGACUGUUACAGUGGAGGACAACGGGCAGCCCUCUCGUUCAGCUACAGUCAUUGUCAACGUGGCGGUGGCGGACAGCUUCCCUGAAGUGCUGUCGGAGUUCACUGACUUUCCACACGACAAGGAGUACAAUGACAACCUGACUUUUUACUUAGUGCUGGCUCUGGCUGUAGUUUCCUUCCUCUUCAUCACCUGUUUAGUUGUUAUUAUAUCAGUCAAAAUCUACAGAUGGAGACAGUCUCGCAUCCUGUAUCACUCCAAUCUGCCUGUGAUUCCAUAUUAUCCACCACGUUACUCAGACACUUUGGGGACAGGGACUCUCCAACACGUGUACAACUACGAGGUGUGCAGGACGACUGACUCCAGAAAGAGUGACUGUAAGUUCGGCAGAGCUGGUAGUCAGAACGUGCUGAUAAUGGAUCCCAGUACUACAGGGACGAUGCAGCGGAUUCAGAAUGAGAAGAGCAUCCUGGAUGAACCAGACUCUCCUCUAGAGGUUAGUUUUCCAGAAGAUACACAUUUUCGUAAUCCUUUAUUCGUACGACUGUUUUUGCAACAGAGUGAAUUAGACGUUUUCAGCUUUUCACUUGUGGCAUAUUUCCUUUAG